CACCACCGCCGCCGCCGCCGCGGUUCCCACAAUGCUUGCGUAGCCCCGGCUCCGACUCCCCCGGCGGCGGCAGCUCCAAGAUGGCGCAGGCGAUCUUCGAGGCCCUGGAGGGAAUGGACAACCAGACUGUGUUGGCUGUCCAGUCACUGUUAGAUGGCCAAGGAGCCGUCCCUGAUCCCACAGGACAAAGUGUCAGUGCGCCGCCUGCCAUUCAGCCUCUGGAUGACGAGGACGUCUUCCUCUGCGGGAAGUGUAAGAAGCAGUUCAACUCACUGCCAGCCUUUAUGACCCACAAGCGUGAACAGUGCCAGGGGAAUGCCCCUGCCCUGGCCACAGUUUCACUGGCCACCAACAGCAUCUACACUCCUUCAGCUGCACCUGCUGCCAUCCAGCAGGCCCCUCCUCCUGCCAACCGCCAGAUCUCCACAUACAUCACAGUGCCCCCAUCUCCACUGAUCCAGACCCUGGUGCAAGGGAACAUCUUGGUGAGCGAUGACGUGCUCAUGUCUGCCAUGUCUGCCUUUACAUCCCUGGACCAGCCUAUGCCUCAGGGGCCCCCACCUGUGCAGAACAGCUUGAACAUGCAUCCAGUGCCCAACUACCUCACCCAGCCUCCGCCGCCUCCUCCACCCCCCCCCCCCCUGCCCCCCCCCCAACCCCCCCCCAAGCCAACCCCUCCCCAACCCCCUCCCCCUCCUCCCCAGACCCUGGGCCCUUCUGGGCAUUCCAACCCUGUUGGGAAUAGUGUGGUGGAGGUCUACAGCGCCGCCCCUAUGGCAGGGAAUGGAACAGUGGAGAUCCAGGCACUGGGGAUGCAGCCCUACCCACCCCUGGAGGUGCCAAACCAGUGUGUGGAGGCUCCAGUGUACCCCACUCCCCCAGUGUACAGCCCUGGCAAGCAGGAAUUCAAAGCAAAAGGACCCAGCUCCACUGCCCCCAUGACCAGUGCAAGUGGAAACACAGUGGCCACCUUUGACUCCCCACCAACGCUGAAGACCAGACGUGCUAAAGGUGCCAGUGGACUCCCAGAAGCUGCAGGGAAGCCAAAGGCCCAGAAACUCAAAUGCUCCUACUGUGAGAAGUCGUUCACCAAAAACUUUGAUCUUCAGCAGCACAUCCGCAGCCACACGGGGGAGAAGCCCUUCCAGUGCAUUGCAUGUGGUCGCGCCUUUGCCCAGAAGUCUAAUGUCAAGAAGCACAUGCAGACUCACAAGGUUUGGCCGCCGGGGCGCAGUGGUGGCACCAUUUCCCGAAACUCUGUCACAGUGCAGGUCAUGGCUUUGAACCCCAGCAGGCAAGAGGAGGAAGACACAGGGUUGGGCCAGACCCUGCCCAGCACCACACAGCCCCAGGCCUUGCCUGCAGCAGGUGAGGAUGAAGGAGGCAAGCCGGAGGCCAAGCAGGUGGUCCUCAUCGACAGCUCCUACCUGUGCCAGUUCUGCCCCAGCAAGUUCAGCACCUACUUCCAGCUCAAGUCCCACAUGAUCCAGCACAAGAAGGAGCAGGUGUACAAGUGUGUGGUCAAAAGCUGUGCCCAGAUGUUCCCCAAGCUGGACACCUUCCUGGAGCACAUCAGAAGCCACCAGGAGGAGCUAAGCUACCGCUGCCAUCUCUGCAGCAAGGACUUCCCCUCACUGUAUGACCUGGGCUUGCACCAGUACUCCCACAGCCUCCUGCCGCAGCACAGCCCCAAGAAGGACAGCACCGUCUACAAGUGUGUCAAGUGUGUCAAUAAAUACUCCACUCCUGAGGCCUUGGAGCACCAUGUACAGACGGCCACUCACAGCUUCCCCUGUCCACACUGCCAGAAGGUCUUCCCCUGCGAGCGCUACCUGCGACGUCACUUACCCACCCAUGGCAGUGGUGGCCGGUUCAGGUGCCAGAUCUGUAAGAAGUUCUUCCGGAAGGAGCACUACCUCAAGCUGCAUGCCCACAUCCACUCAGGCGAGAAGCCCUACAAAUGUUCAGUGUGUGAGUCUGCAUUCAACCGCAAAGACAAGCUGAAGAGACAUAUGCUAAUCCACGAACCCUUCAAGAAGUACAAAUGUCCCUUCUCGAUGCACACAGGCUGCAGUAAGGAGUUCAACCGGCAGGACAAGCUGAAAGCUCACAUUCUCUCCCACGCCGGCCUGAAGCUCCACAAGUGUGGGCUGUGCAGCAAGUCCUUCAGCCGCCGAGCCCACCUGGCCGAGCACCAGCGCUCACACACGGGCAACUACAAGUUCCGCUGCGCCGGCUGUGCCAAGGGCUUCUCGCGACACAAAUACCUCAAGGAUCACCGCUGCCGCCUGGGCCCCACGAAGGACAAGGACUUGCAAGCCCGGAGGCCUCCCCGGAGGAGAGCAGCCCCACGUGGUGGCGGCAGCAUUGUUGGUGCGCACAAGGAGGAAAGCCCUGUGCCCGACCCACUGGGGCUGGAGGAGCUAAAGGCUGCAGGGCCCGCACCCGAGGCUGCUCCAGGCAAGCCACCCUUCGAGCAGGACGCCGUGUUGUCCAUCGUGGUGGGCGGAGACCCAGAGCUGGUGGUGCCCGGGCACACCGAGGGUCUGGGGUCCAACCUGGCACUGGCCGAACUGCAGGCCGGGGCUGAGGGUGCAUGUGCCAUGCUUGCUGUCCCGGUCUACAUCCAGGCCUCCGAGUGACCAGGCUGGACUUCCCGGGUGGAGGGCCAUGGCACAAGCCCUUUUGGAAGUUAUGUAUCAACCCUAUGCCAUAGCUGUCCUUCAAUGCCCUUCGAAUCGGCUGAGGAGCCCCGUAGCACUCACAGGGGCUGAGGCAGUCACCAUAGCUCUAGGGCAUAGCAGUGGUAAGAGAGAUGGCCAGGGCUGAAGAGAUGGCUCAGUGGUUAAGAGCACUGGCUGCUCUUCCAGAUGACCCAGGUUCAAUUCCCAGCACCCACAUGGCAGCUCACAACUGUCUGCAACUCCAAGAUCCGACACCUUAACACAGACAUACAUGUAGGCAGAACAGCAAUGCAAAUAAAAUAAAAAUAAAUAAUUUAAAAAUAAAUACAUAAAAAUUAAACAAAAAGAGAGAUAGUCAGAACAUGAGAUGCCCAGGGGCUGAGUGAUGGAGGCUGGUACUUGGGUCUUGUCCAAGAGAAGGCUGGGUGGUUCUACCCACCUAUCCAGGCUACCUGGGGUGGCCUCAGAUCAAGGCUGCUCUUUCUGCUGGCUGAACACUUCCUGGUGGCGCCCUCAGAGGACUGUGUGAGGUGCCUAUAUAAGUGUCACUCAACCUGGGGCUUAGAGUGUAGCUAGCAGCCAGACCUGGCUUCAGAUGUCCCAGUGUGGCUUCGAGCAAGGCGCUUCACCUCUCUCUGCUCCACGUUCCUCACCUGUACGACAGGACUUGAUAGAGUGCUACCUCUUAGAGCGUCCUGAGGACAAAGGGCUGCACACAGUACCCACGGCUUGGAAACUGCUCAAUAAGUCUCAAUAAAUGUUUUUA